AUGUUAGCCAAAAUACGAAAAAGACUCAACAGUGACUCGGAAUCAGAAAAUGAAAGCGUAAUUUCCAAGAAAUGGGCUCAAAAUGUCCAAGAUCCAGUGAGCUCUGAACUGGAAAUUCCAUACUCAGUGAAAAAUGUCCUCAAAAAAAUUGAGCAAGCACAGCUCCUUCGAGUCAGAGAGGACCUUAAUAUAAAGCUGACUGACAUAAUGAACAACGUGCAGCGGAUAUUAACUCGCUAUAGUAUUGAUCUGGAUGCACCCAUUGAAAGAAGGCCCUCUAUUGUAGAAAAUCCAAAAAAACGGAGAACUAUGUUUUUGGAGAAAAUAAAUGCUUAUGCUAAGGCUGCUGACUAUAGAGAAAAGAUUCUUCUCUACAUUCUGAACUGGUUGGAAGAAUGGAGUGGUAUAUUGACAGAUAUAACUUCAACUGAUUUGGAUGAGUACUUCCACUGGGCAGUAAAAAUGGACACCUUACCAGAAACACUAAAAGGAAUUGAUAGCAGUGUCAAGACACUGGGUAAACUUUGUACAUGUAUAAUUGAAGAAAGGAGGAGACAAAAGAGAAAAACAUUAUCUAGAGGUACUCUAUGGAAAGCCUGGAAGGAAAGAGUUGCAAAGCGACCUGCAACAGCCCAUGCUUUAAGACCAGAUCAGAUGGUUAGUGACCAAUUUACAGUAAAUACAAAGGUUUCUGAAAUUCAAGACAUGCUACAGGAACUCAUAAGCACAUCAAUGUUUACCAAAUUAGAAAACAAUGCUCUUAAAUAUAUAUCAGCAACAAUCACAAACCUUAACAAAGCCUUAUCUAUACUAAAUGAUGACUUAAGAUUUGUUCGUGCCCAAAAUGCUGGUAUAGUUCUGGAUGAAAAAAAUGAAGCAGGUAAAGAACUUUGCAGGAAGAUAAUAAAUGAACUCAGUAAGGAAAAUGAAAUGCUUCUUCUAAAACUUAAAGAUGAAGAGCAAAAAUAUGAACAGCUUCUUCGAUAUACCAUCUGUGCAUCGAAAGCACCAUCACUGACUAAAGUUGUUAGCACACAGGGAAAUGUGGACAAUAUUUUAGCUAAAGAAUUUGGAAUUCUUAGAGAUGAAACUGGAAUAAAGUGGGACUCAAUUAUCUCUCAUACAUCCCAAGGUUUAAUUGGAAAGGAAGUGGAAGAGAAGGACAAGGAGGAAGAGAAAGAGCUUUUACUUGAAGAAUCACAGAAAGAGGAUUCUGAAGAUGACAUAGCACUGAAAAAAGAUGAGACUAGCCAGAGUCAAUUACAUAGAAGGAAGCGAUUGAAAGUCCCACGUCCACGUGAGACCUCUGAAGCAAGCAUAAGUAAAUAUGGGAAGAACAUCUUAGAAGUCAAAUCUGACCUACAGGUAAAAAAGCAAAAAGAAAAGCCCUCUACUGAAGUCAAGUCAAAGUUAUCAUCUGAAAUAAAAAGCCAAGAUGUCACAAGUGAAAUAAGCAAGAUAAAAUCUGAAAUCUCAUCUGGAAAAGGCAAGUCUUCCUCAUGGAUUAAAGAAACCACUACUGUAAAAACUACCAAAAGCACAGAAGGAAAAACUGAAAAGACUGAAACUCCCUUCAUCAAGAGCACCUUACCACUUCCUCCAAGGAUUGAAGAUGCCAAAAGUGAAGAAAGUAGUGUAGAAACAUUUCACAAAGCUGUAUUGGCUUUCCUAAAAUUGAAAACUGAAAAUCUUGUACAGCCUUUUGAUAAAAAGAGUGUGAUGAAGGAAGAAGAAUUAAUAAAAAGAGAAGAAGCUGAAAAUUUAAGAAGCAUAAAGGCAAAUAUGGAGGAAUAUUUCAAAAAUGUGGCUGAUACUGUGGUUUCGGUAUUGAGAAAAUACAAAAAUAUACAAAAGGAAGAAAAAGUUGGAGAGACAUCUAUGAUAGAAAAACCGGCAGUCGCAGUUACACCAGGAUACAAUUUUCAGAAGUCAAUUCAUACAAAGUCUGAUAUAAGCUCCUUCCUCGCAAAUGAAAACUUAGACCCAACAAUUAGCAAUAUAGUACAAAUGAUCUGGGACGAAAUAGAAAGUGAAAGACAUAUUCCAACAGUUUUGACAGAAAAGAAAGAUCACAAGGAAAAACUGAAGCAGAAAGAAUAUUUGCAAGAAAAAGUAUCUGAAACAUUUGGCAUGGAGAGAAGGUAUAAAGAUGACCAGGAAAAGUCCAAGUGGGAGAAGUCAGAAGAAUGGAAACAAAGAGCUUUGAAGCAGAAGCCUCAGAUAGUUAUAGAGGACACUGACAGCAAGAAGCAGAGCAUGGCAAAGAAUAAGGAAAAACCUACUAAUGUUCUGCAAGCUAUGGUUACUCAGAGUCCACAGACGUUAGAUCCUAGGAAGAAACAAGUAACAGGUGCACCAGGAAUGGAGGAUCAAAAUGAAUUUGAGAAAUCAGAGAGUCUUUCUACUGAAACACAAUCCUUACAAGUCACUUCUCCCACUCCCCAGCACUUCAGAGCACCUAAGCUUCUCAAUAUUUCUGCAGAAAUACAUAGAAAGUCUACCAGUCUUACUCCUAAGGCCAAAGGACGAAAACCUAUUCCUACUCCUCAGCAGAGUCAGAAUACAGAGCUCACCUUUACCCCUGAGAAACCUCCAAGUACAAGUGUAUCCAUUUCUACACAGGCACUGGAUUUAGGGAUCACACUCUCUCUGGAACAAACUCAAGCAACGAGGGCCCCCAUUGCUCCUAAGCAGGCACAGAUACAAAAGCCAUUUAUAACAUCGGAUAAAAAACAGGCAACACAGAGUCCAAUGGUGACUACACAGAACGAGGUUCAAGGGAUCACUUUCUCCCUUCAACAGGACCAGUCUCAAAAGAUCACUCUCACCCAAAAGCAGACCCAAGCUCAAGAUAUUAAACCCACCUCUCAGCAGACCCAGGCCAGAGGGAUCACUGUUACCCCACAGAAGGCCCAGUCCCUGGGAAUCAUUCCACAGCAAGACCAGGCUCAAGGAAUCACUAACAUUGUUCAGAAGGCCCAGCCCCUGGACAUCACUUCCAAGAAGGCCCAGGCUCAAGAGAUCACUCCCACCCCUCAGCAAGCCCAAGACUCUGAGAUCAGUCUCACUCCAGAGCAGAAUCAGGCUCUGGGGAUCAUGCUUACCCCUAAGCAGGGCCAGGCCCUGGGGAUCACUCUUACCCCUGAGCAGGCCCAGGCUCUGGGGAUCAUGCUUACCCCUGAGCAGGGCCAGGCUCCAGGGAUCACUCUUACUCCUCAGCAGGAUCAGGCUCAGGGGAUCCCUCUUACUCCAGAGCAAACCCAGGCUCAAGAAAUCACUCUAACCACUCAGCAGGCCCAGGCUCAGGGGAUCAUUCUUACCCCUCAGCAGGCCCAGGCUCUGGGGAUCAGUCUCACCCCUCAGCAGGCCCAGAUUCAAGGGAUCACUCUCACCCCUCAGCAGGCCCAGGCCCUUGGGCUCAGUCUCACCCCCCAGCAAGCCCAGGCUCAAGGGAUCACUCUCACCCCUCAGCAGGCCCAUGCCCUGGGGAUUACACUGACCCCUGAGCAGGCCCAGGCUCAAGGGAUCACUCUCACCCAUGGGCAGGCCCAGGCCCUGGGGAUCACUCUUACCCCUGAGCAGGCCCACAUGCUAGGGAUAACUCUCAUCCCUGAGCAGGCCCAGGCUCAAGAGAUCACUCUCACCCCUGAGCAGGCUCAGGCUCAGGGGAUCACUCUUACCCCUCAGCAGGCCCAGGCUCUAGGGCUCAGUCUCACCCCUCAGCAGGCCCAGAUUGAAGGGAUCACUCUCACCCCUCAGCAGGCCCAGGCCCUGGGGAUCACACUGACCCCUGAGCAGGCCCAGGCUCAAGGGAUCACUCUCACCCCUCAGCAGGCCCAGGCCCUGGGGAUCACACUGACUCCUGAGCAGGCCCAAGCUCAAGGGAUCACUCUCACCCCUCAGCAGGCCCAAGCCCUGGGGAUUGCUCUUACCCCAGAGCAGGCCCACACUCUAGGGAUAACUCUCAUCCCUGAGCAGGCCCAGGCUCAAGGAAUCACUCUCACUUCUGAGCAGGCCCAGGGGAUCACUCUUACCCCUGAGCAGGCCCAGGCUCAGGGGAUCACUCUUACUCCUGAGCAGGCCCCGGCUCAGGGGAUCACUCUUACUCCUGAGCAGGCCCAGGCUCUUGGGCUCAGUCUUACCCCUGAACAGGCCCAGGCUCAAGGGAUCACUCUCACCCCUGGGCAGGUCCAGGCCCUUGGGCUCAGUCUCACCCCUCAGCAGGCCCAGGCCCUAGGGAUCACUCUUACCCCCGAGCAGGCUCAGGCUGGAGGGAUUACUCUUACCCCUCAGCAGGCCCAGGCCCUUGGGAUCACUCUAACCCCUGAGCAGGCCCAGGCUCAAGGGAUCACACUCACUCCUCAGCAGGCCCAGGUCCUGGGGAUCACGCUUACCCCUGAGCAGGCCCAGGCUCAAGGGAUCACUCUCACCCCUCAGCAGGCCCAGGCUCAGGGGAUCACACUCACUCCUCAGCAGGCCCAGAUCCUAGGAAUCACUCUUACCCCUGAGCAGACCCAGGCUCAAGGCAUCACUCUUACCCCUCCUCAGGCCCAGGUCCUGGGGAUCACUCUUACCCCUGAGCAGGCCCAGGCUCAGGGGAUCACACUCACUCCUCAGCAGGCUCAGAUCUUGGGGAUCACUCUCACCCCUGAGCAGACCCAGGCUCAAGGGAUCUCACUCACAUCUCAGCAGGCCCAGGCUCAAGGGAUCACUCUCACCCCUCAGCAGGCCCAGGUCCUAGGGAUCACUCUUACCCCUGAGCAGGCCCAGGCUGAAGGGAUCACACUUACUCCUCAGCAGGCCCAAGCCCUGGGGAUCACUUUUACUCUUGAGCAGGCACAGACUGAAGCAUUGGAAGUCCCUCUCACACCAGAGCAGAUGAAGGCAUUUGGCUCCGCCUUUACUCCAAAGCCAGUUCAGGCAUUGUGGCCUCCUCUCACUUCUGCUCAAGAUCAGUUAUUGGAAGUCUCCAGCAUCUCAAGAAAGGUCCAGCCAUUGCAGGAUGGUCUUGUCUCAGCAAAGAAACAAGCAUUGAUGAUCACUCCUAAGAAAGCCCGGACUUUAAGUACCAAACUUACCCAGCAACAAGCUCGAGCAUCGGCUAUCACUCCCACCUCUGUGCAGGAACCAGAAUUAGAAGUCCCUGUCACUGAAGAACAAGCCUGGAAAUUGGGAGUUUCUUUUAUUCCAGAAAAGUCUCAAGAAGAAUCAAACAUCAUUACCUUUAAGCAGUUGCAACCCUUGCCAGUCACUUCCUCUCGUCAACAAGCUCAGACAUUUCAUACUCCUCAAACUUUGGAAAAGUCUGACACAUUGGUUCCUUCCACUCUCAGACCAUUUAAGGAACUGAAGACUACUCUCCCCACUGGGCAACCCAGAAUACCAACUUUAACUCCAAGCCUUAAGAAGUCCCUGAAAUCAUCUCCUCAGAGGUCCUCUAUAUUUAAGAUACCUCCUACUCCUUUGAAGAAAUCAAAGCCUCCUCUUGCUCAGGCUCCCAUUGCACCUCCAAAGCACCUAGAAAAAAGUGUUCCUUCUGUCUCUACAAAGCUCAUGGCACCAGGGAUCCCUCCUAUGUCUAGACAGAUCCCAACAUAUAGAGGUCAAACCACUCCUGCACCAUCCCUAACACCAGAGGUCCCUUCCCAAUUUGAGCAGCUCCCAAUUGCUGGGGCUCCUGCCACUCCAAAGCAGUUCCUGACUCCCAAGCCUCCUUCGAGACCAGAGGCCCCUCUAACUGGCAGCCUACCUCUUUUAUCUGGAGUCCCACUUACCUCUGGACAGAUUCCCAGAUUGUCGGCUCCUUUAUCUCCUGGACAGUCCUUGAUUCCUGGGGCCCAUUCCAUCCCCAGGGAGUUCCUGGAAUCUGGACUCCUAGCUUUCUCAGACCAAAUACAGGAAUUACAGAUUCCUGCUUAUACUGAGCAACCUUCCUAUUUUCAGACUCCUACUCUUGAGCAGGAUCUUAUUACAAAAACCCUUUCUGGGCAAGUUUCCCCAUUACAGAUAUCUCCUAUCACUGAGCAACCCUCUAUACAACGGACUCUCCCAACCCUUGAAAUGCCCAAGACAGUCCUUUCUUCUUCAGCAACUCAAAAAAAACUGGCAACUAUUGCUUCUCUGAAACCUAAAUCAGUAUUAACCCAUCCACGGGCUUCAGAUUUCAAAGUGUAUCAACCUCCUUUCACUAUCAAGAAGGCUGAAAUAUCAGAGGUCUCUGACGCUUCUGAAGUUACCUGGAAGUCCCCAGAAUUAACCCAGUCCUACUUCGCUGAUUAUAGGCGACCAGUAUUACAAACUUCUUACAUUGAUGAAGCCCUUCCCACUCUAAGAAAGCCUGUAAAAUCACCACCUACUCUUAUUACUCAACUACCCAAAACGUUACAGAUCUCACCUUCUGAAUGGGAUCUGAAACCCCUACUGCCCUCAAUAGACAAGCCCGGGAUUAUAACUCCAGCCAAGAUCUUAGUGCCUCCUUCCUCUCCCCAAGACCUUGAAGAGAAGAGGUAUUUUGUUGAUGUGGAGGCUCAGAGGAAGAACCUGAUAUUGUUAAAUCAGGCCACAAAAGUUUCUGGACUCUCUGCAGAACAAUACACAACAGCUUGGAAUCUCAUAACUGAGAUAAUUCAUAUGGACACAGUUCGGCUGGAGUACCUAGUUCGCAAGUACAUUGCCUACAGACAGAUCCAGCGUGUCAGAAACAAUAUAAUCAGACGAUUAAAAGCCAUCCAGAAUACUGGGAAAGGUUACGAGGUCCAUGACCUUUACAUCAUGCUGAGCAGAAUUGAUGACUACCAGAAAAAGGUGAUGGGGGUCUGGACGGAGAAACAGAAGUCGCUAGAGCAGAAACGAUAUCAGAACCUGAAGAAAAUGAUCAAUUUAUUUACUGAGUUCCAAGAGAAGUAUAAUUUAAAACUUAGUCAACCUAUACCCUUGAUUACUGACAAGAAGCAGAUACCCAAAGUUACUGAAUUUGUCCAACGGCCAUUCAAGUUUCUAGUUGGAGAGGACAAAAGAUCUGAUGUCUUCAAGGAACUUGGAAAACAAGAAGAGAUGGAAGCCAUCUGGAAUUCUGAUUUGUCCACUUCAAGCUACCCAAUAACAGAGAAGACAUCAAUACACUCAGUCUGGGCCAUGCUGGGGGGCUACCCAGACAUUCCUAAACUGCUUGAGUUAGAUAUCCAGUCUACCUUAAGAAAAUCUCUUGCUAACAUUCAAUCACAGUAA